CGAAAAUUUUGAUCUACUGUUAGAAAGCAGUGUGAUCUGUUAGAAGCAACAUGACAAGAGCAUUGAUACUUCCGAUUCUGGUAGCCACAAUAGCAAACGCUGUAGCUAUCCCAGACUUGUCGUUUGGAGGUUCAGCAGGGCUUAAAAAAGAGCAUGCGAUUAACGCUGGAAUUUCUGGAGGGCAUAGCGCAAAAGGUGGAAUCGAAAUAGGUGGACAUGGACAAGGUCAAGCUCUGGGAGGAAAUCUUAUACACGGUAUAAUAGGGGGGCUUGGACACGCUAGCAGUCAUGAAUGGCAAGGUGGAAUAAGUGGAGGAGGUGGCAAUAAAUGGCAAGGUGGAAUCAGUGGAGGAGGUAGCUCUCAAUGGCAGGGUGGAAUCAGCGGAGAUGGUGGCAACAAAUGGCAAGGUGGAAUAAGCGUAGGAGGAAGCCAUAGUGGUCACGGUUCCGGCAAUAUCGAUUUGACUCACGGAGGUUCCCAAAAACCACAGACGACCACUGAAAGUACCGGCAAAGGAUCCAACAACAGUGGAGAAGGUGGCAUUAAUUGGCAAGGUGGAAUCACUGGAGAAGGUGGCAAUAAAUGGCAAGGUGGAAUCAGUGGAGGAGGUAGCUCUCAAUGGCAGGGUGGAAUCAGCGGAGAUGGUGGCAACAAAUGGCAAGGUGGAAUUAGCGUAGGAGGAAGUCAAAGUGGUCACGGUUCCGACAAUAUCGACUUGACUCACGGUGGAUCCCAAAAACCACAGACGACCACUGAAAGUACCGGCAAAGGAUCCAACAACAGCGGAAAAGGUGGCAUUAAUUGGCAAGGUGGAAUCACUGGAGAAGGUGGCAAAAAUUGGCAAGGUGGCAUUAGUGGAGGAGGUAGAUCUCAAUGGCAGGGUGGAAUCAGCGGAGAUGGUGGCAACAAAUGGCAAGGUGGAAUUAGCGUAGGAGGAAGUCAAAGUGGUCACGGUUCCGGCAAUAUCGACUUGACUCACGAUGGUUCUCAAAAACCACAGACGACCACUGAAAGUACCGGCAAAGGAUCCAACAACAGCGGAGAAGGUGGCAUUAAUUGGCAAGGUGGAAUCACUGGAGAAGGUGGCAAAAAUUGGCAAGGUGGAAUCAGUGGAGGAGGUAGCUCUCAAUGGCAGGGUGGAAUCAGCGGAGAUGGUGGCAACAAAUGGCAAGGUGGAAUCAGCAUAGGAGGAAGUCAAGGUGGUCACGGUUCCGGCAAUAUCGACUUGACUCACGAUGGUUCCCAAAAAUCACAGACGACCACUGAAAGUACCGGCAAAGGAUCCAACAACAGUGGAGAAGGUGGCAUUAAUUGGCAAGGUGGAAUCACUGGAGAAGGUGGCAAUAAAUGGCAAGGUGGAAUCAGUGGAGGAGGUAGCUCUCAAUGGCAAGGUGGAAUCAGCGGAGAUGGUGGCAACAAAUGGCAAGGUGGAAUUAGCGUAGGAGGAAGUCAAAGUGGUCACGGUUCCGGCAAUAUCGACUUGACUCACGGUGGUUCCCAAAAACCACAGACGACCACUGAAAGUACCGGCAAAGGAUCCAACAACAGCGGAGAAGGUGGCAUUAAUUGGCAUGGUGGAAUCACUGGAGAAGGUGGCAAAAAUUGGCAAGGUGGAAUCAGUGGAGGAGGUAGCUCUCAAUGGCAGGGUGGAAUCAGCGGAGAUGGUGGCAACAAAUGGCAAGGUGGAAUCAGCGUAGGAGGAAGUCAAAGUGGUCACGGUUCCGGCAAUAUCGACUUGACUCACGGUGGUUCCCAAAAACCACAGACGACCACUGAAAGUACCGGCAAAGGAUCCAACAACAGCGGAGAAGGUGGCAUUAAUUGGCAAGGUGGAAUCACUGGAGAAGGUGGCAAAAAUUGGCAAGGUGGCAUUAGUGGAGGAGGUAGCUCUCAAUGGCAGGGUGGAAUCAGCGGAGAUGGUGGCAACAAAUGGCAAGGUGGAAUUAGCGUAGGAGGAAGUCAAAGUGGUCACGGUUCCGGCAAUAUCGACUUGACUCACGGUGGUUCUCAAAAACCACAGACGACCACUGAAAGUACCGGCAAAGGAUCCAACAACAGCGGAGAAGGUGGCAUUAAUUGGCAAGGUGGAAUCACUGGAGAAGGUGGCAAAAAUUGGCAAGGUGGAAUCAGUGGAGGAGGUAGCUCUCAAUGGCAGGGUGGAAUCAGCGGAGAUGGUGGCAACAAAUGGCAAGGUGGAAUCAGCAUAGGAGGAAGUCAAGGUGGUCACGGUUCCGGCAAUAUCGACUUGACUCACGAUGGUUCCCAAAAAUCACAGACGACCACUGAAAGUACCGGCAAAGGAUCCAACAACAGUGGAGAAGGUGGCAUUAAUUGGCAAGGUGGAAUCACUGGAGAAGGUGGCAAUAAAUGGCAAGGUGGAAUCAGUGGAGGAGGUAGCUCUCAAUGGCAAGGUGGAAUCAGCGGAGAUGGUGGCAACAAAUGGCAAGGUGGAAUUAGCGUAGGAGGAAGUCAAAGUGGUCACGGUUCCGGCAAUAUCGACUUGACUCACGGUGGUUCCCAAAAACCACAGACGACCACUGAAAGUACCGGCAAAGGAUCCAACAACAGCGGAGAAGGUGGCAUUAAUUGGCAUGGUGGAAUCACUGGAGAAGGUGGCAAAAAUUGGCAAGGUGGAAUCAGUGGAGGAGGUAGCUCUCAAUGGCAGGGUGGAAUCAGCGGAGAUGGUGGCAACAAAUGGCAAGGUGGAAUCAGCGUAGGAGGAAGUCAAAGUGGUCACGGUUCCGGCAAUAUCGACUUGACUCACGGUGGUUCCCAAAAACCACAGACGACCACUGAAAGUACCGGCAAAGGAUCCAACAACAGUGGAGAAGGUGGCAUUAAUUGGCAAGGUGGAAUCACUGGAGAAGGUGGCAAUAAAUGGCAAGGUGGAAUCAGUGGAGGAGGUAGCUCUCAAUGGCAGGGUGGAAUCAGCGGAGAUGGUGGCAACAAAUGGCAAGGUGGAAUCAGCGUAGGAGGAAGUCAAAGUGGUCACGGUUCCGGCAAUAGCGACUUGACUCACGGUGGUUCCCAAAAACCACAGACGACCACUGAAAGUACCGGCAAAGGAUCCAACAACAGUGGAGAAGGUGGCAUUAAUUGGCAAGGUGGAAUCACUGGAGAAGGUGGCAAAAAUUGGCAAGGUGGAAUCAGUGGAGGAGGUAGCUCUCAAUGGCAGGGUGGAAUCAGCGGAGAUGGUGGCAACAAAUGGCAAGGUGGAAUCAGCGUAGGAGGAAGCCACAGUGGUCACGGUUCCGGCAAUAUCGACUUGACUCACAGUGGUUCCCAAAAACCACAGACGACCACUGAAAGUACCGGCAAUGGAUCCAACAACAGUGGAGAAGGUGGCAUUAAUUGGCAAGGUGGAAUCACUGGAGAAGGUGGCAAUAAAUGGCAAGGUGGAAUCAGUGGAGGAGGUAGCUCUCAAUGGCAGGGUGGAAUCAGCGGAGAUGGUGGCAACAAAUGGCAAGGUGGAAUCAGCGUAGGAGGAAGCCAUAGUGGUCACGGUUCCGGCAAUAUCGACUUGACUCACGGUGGUUCCCAAAAACCACAGACGACCACUGAAAGUACCGGCAAAGGAUCCAACAACAGCGGAGAAGGUGGCAUUAAUUGGCAAGGUGGAAUCACUGGAGAAGGUGGCAAAAAUUGGCAAGGUGGCAUUAGUGGAGGAGGUAGCUCUCAAUGGCAAGGUGGAAUUAGCGGAGAUGGUGGCCACAAAUGGCAUGGUGGAAUUAGCAUAGGAGGAAGUCAAGGUGGUCACGGUUCCGGCAAUAUCGACUUGACUCAUGGUGGUUCCCAAAAACCACAGACGACCACUGAAAGUACCGGCAAAGGAUCCAACAACAGUGGAGAAGGUGGCAUUAAUUGGCAAGGUGGAAUCACUGGAGAAGGUGGCAAAAAUUGGCAAGGUGGCAUUAGUGGUGGAGGUAGCUCUCAAUGGCAAGGUGGAAUCAGGGGAGAUGGUGGCAACAAAUGGCAAGGUGGAAUUAGCAUAGGAGGAAGUCAAAGUGGUCACGGCUCCAACCACAAUCAAGGAGGUUCCGAGGAUGUUGAUUGUGAAUGUAAAAAGAAUCAAAAGGGUACUGAUGGUGGAAAAGUCGAAAUUUCUGGUAGUUCUCAUCAUGGAGUAGGUGGACAUGGAGGAAUUGGAAUUCAUGUCAGCGGUAAUGGCGGUUUAGACGCUAGUGUUGGUGGAAAGGGAGAUCACAAACUGGGUAUUGGUAAAGAUUUAACCGGUAAGGUUUCGUUGGGUGGUGGCUUAAUUUCCAAACUGUCGUUGGAUAAAAUGUUACUUAAAGAUAUGUUGCUAAUUAUUAGCUAA